AGAUCCAAAGCUUAACUUCCUAGUCCAAGCUGCACUUCCUGUCACCCCGGCGCACUGGGCUCAAGCCUCGAUCCCACCCAGUCCGUCCUUGUUGUACUGCAACCGUAAAGGAGCCUGCAGUUUCUUGGCGAGGAGCGGCGACUGACUGCACAGGAAGAGUCCUGCCAAGAUGUCUAUCGGUGUGCCAAUUAAAGUCUUGCACGAGGCUGAGGGCCACAUCGUGACGUGUGAGACCAACACUGGAGAGGUCUAUCGAGGGAAGCUCAUUGAAGCAGAGGACAACAUGAACUGCCAGAUGUCCAACAUCACAGUCACCUACAGAGAUGGCCGAGUGGCACAGCUGGAACAGGUAUACAUCCGUGGCAGCAAGAUCCGAUUUCUGAUUUUGCCUGACAUGCUAAAAAAUGCACCGAUGUUAAAGAGCAUGAAAAAUAAGAACCAAGGCUCUGGAGCUGGCAGAGGGAAAGCUGCUAUCCUGAAGGCCCAAGUGGCUGCAAGAGGACGAGGACGUGGAAUGGGGCGUGGAAACAUCUUCCAGAAGCGAAGAUAACUUUCUCUGUUGUAGAGAACUUUGUCCUUAACUUUGUUGGGUUAUUGGGGGGGGGGGGUUACAUGUGCAUACGUCGUAGGUUUUCUUUUGCUAUUUCUCUUUGUACCAGAGAAACUGUUAAGCUUAAUAAAAUUGGUUGUUUUGUGGUUU